UCACCNCAGCCCGCGGAGUUCGUGCCGCUGGACGAGUUCUUCGCGAAGACAGGCGUGGAGUAUUUUAAGGUAGAUCAUCUGAAUUACGAAAAGGAUGAUACUUUGAUAAAAUUACGACAGGAUCGCUCUUACACAUACGAAGAUGAGAUAACGUGCUCCAAAGAGUGCUUACAAAAUUACGAGGAGAAGCUAAAGAAUUUCUAUACCGAGCACCUUCACACCGACGAAGAGAUCCGUCUGGUUCUGGACGGAUCAGGUUAUUUCGACGUACGGGAUAAGGACGAUCAAUGGAUUCGAAUUGAAGUGAAGGCCGGCGAUCUGAUAAUUAUACCGAGUGGAAUCUACCACCGUUUUACUCUGGACUCUGACAAUUACGUGAAGGCGAAGAGAUAUUUUGUGGGGGAGCCGGUUUGGCUGCCGCACAACAGGCCGGCCGAUAACAUGGAAUGCCGGAAGAUGUACCUCACACGGAUGGAAAAGGGCUUCGAAGUGCCUCCAGUUUAAUAAACUACGUGCCGAUACAACGGGCUUUCGUGAAAACAUAUUGGAGCGAGUCGGAGAAACAAGUUCCGUCUUAUAGAUAUGUAGAGAAAGAUAAAUACUCGCUAGCUGUAUCUCGGAUAUUGCUUACGAUUCAACCCGAUGUUUUUCACAUAUUCCAUAUUUUGUACGACUUUUGAAUAUUAAUAUGUCACGUUUGCGUUAUAUACAAAGACGGUAGCUGUAGCAACAUUUGGAGCAGCUGUAUAUACAAUCCUUUUAACAUAUAUUUGAAUAAAAGAGGAAACUGCGCUUUUAUCGAAAAGUUUUUACAAUCGUUCAACGGAAACCUUUAUAUGUGUAAUUCUUGAUUCAUUGUCAGACCAGUGCUCGACAAUAAUAUAAUACAAUGUUAAAUUAAUCGCUAAAA